AUGCCCCUGCGGCCGUGCCAGUGUCAUCCUGGCGCGGGAACCCUGACCCCAAAACCCCCAAACCCAUACCUGAUCCUGGCCCCACUGACCCCACACCCAACAGGUCCUCCGCUGCUGCUGCUGCCAGAGGCCCACCUCCACCGCUGCCGCCUGGGGCCUACCAACAUCCAGCAGCAGAGGAUGGCGAGCCCGAAGGUUGCAGGGCCCAGCCACACCUACGCCGGAGUGUUCAUUUACCUGGCCCGGGAGGAGGUCACGGAGUGCUCUUUCACUGUCCUACACGAGGGCGUAGCCUACCGUGUCUUCUGGAUGGCAUGCAGUGCCACCUGUGCUGCAAGAAACAGACCAAAAAGAGCCGGCAAACCUUGCCAGAAACUCAAAAGAAAAUGUAUGCUUAAGCUGCAGAUCAGAUAUCUCCUCCUGACCAUCUUCGCUGCUUGUAUUGGUGGCACCUUCCAAUAUGGGUUUAACCUGACAAUCAUCAACGCACCGACAACUUUUAUCCAAAAUUUUAUCAAUGAGACUUGGAUUGAGCGCUAUGGCACAAAACUGGAGAGCUGGGUCAUCACACUGCUCUGGACCUUCAUUGUGGCUGGUUAUUCCAUUGGAGGACUGGUCGGGGCACUUAUUGCAGGACCCAUGGCCGUAAGGUUUGGAAGGAGAAAUUCACUUUUGCUAAGCAAUAUUUUCAUACUCAUUGGGGCUUUACUAAUGGUUCUGAGCAGAACCGCAACAUGCUUUGAGUUGAUUAUAGUCGGGAGAUUCUUUUAUGGAAUAAACUCAGGUGUGGGAUUGAACAUUAACCCCAUGUAUCUUGGUGAGAGUGCACCAAAGGAAAUCCGGGGCAUGGUGGCCUUGUCAUUCGCUCCGUUCACUGCAGCUGGAUUAGUGCUGGGCCAAACCAUUGGACUCAGGGAGAUCUUGGGCAGUGAAGACUUGUGGCCUCUACUGCUGGCAUCCAGUGCAGCUCCAGCUCUAAUCCAACUCAUGACUCUGCCAUGGUGUCCAGAAAGCCCCAGGUACUUGCUGAUUGACAGGGAGGACAAGAACAUGUGCAUGAAGGCAUUGAGGAAAUUACGUGGAGAGAUCAAUUUCAAUACCGAAAUGGAUGAAAUGCUAGAGGAGCAAAAAGCGCUCGAAGGUCAAAGGUCAAAGAAAUUGUGGGAUCUGUUCCGAGACCGCUCUGUCCAACGGCAAUUGAUCAUCACGUUUGUGCUGGGUAGUGCCAUGCAGUUAUGUGGGAAUGAUGCUACAUAUACAUAUGCUGUGUAUAUAUUUAAUGCUGCUGGAAUUCCUAAAGAAAAGAUUCAAUAUGCCACUAUUGGAACUGGGUGCUGUGAGUUUACCACUUCACUAACAAGUAACCUGUUCAUUGAUCGGCUUGGGCGCAGAAAACUGCUCAUGGGAGGCUACAGUUUGAUGGUUGGUUCGGGAAUAUUGUUCACCAUCUCACUGACUCUCCAGGACAAGAUUAGCUGGAUGCCAUUCUUGAGCAUGGCUUGCAUCUUUGCGUCUAUUCUAAGCUUUGGAAUUGGGCCAGCUGGAGUGACCGGAGUCAUACCAAUGGAGAUCUUUGACCAAACUGCAAGGCCUGCGGCCUACAUGAUCAAUGGCUCUCUGCUCUGGAUAAACCUUACUAUUGUUGGCAUGCUUUUCCCAUUCAUUGUUGAAGGACUGGGCAGUUUCUGUUACGUCCCAUUUCUUUCCAUCAGCUUCCUCGCUGCUUUGUUCAUUGGAUUCUUUCUGCCAGAAACGAAAGGAAAGACUCUUCUGGAAAUUUCUCAGGAGUUUCACAAAUGCAAUUUCAAGACUCAGCUGGAACAGACCGAAACAAAGUUGUGA